AGCACCUGAGCAGCGCGGCCCAGGCCGAGGCGCGGGCACAGGAAGUGUCUCAGAGCGCUCUCCACCACCAGCACGUCGAAGCUGCUGGCCAGGAUCUUCACAUUCAAAAGGUGCUGAAGAACGAACCCCCUGCCCCAGGCCCCUAGGGGCUCCCCGAGGCCAGGUGGGGCCAUGGCAGGGCCUGGCUGGCUGGGGCUGGGCCUGUUUUGCUGGGUUCUGUUGGCCGUGCCCGUGGGCCCCCAGCCGGCCUCUGUGCUGCCACGCACCACACUGACCCCGGCACCCCAGAGUGAGGCCUCGGUGCUGUCUCUCAACCUGGGCCUGAACUUCAAAUUCCACCUGCGGGGGCCUGCAGCUGCAUGGGGCCAUCCUGCCACUGAGAAUCAGCCGCUGUCUGCUGGGUCCAGCUGGGACUUAGAGGAAGGGGCGUCCAGUGGACUGCGGACUGACCCCCUUUGGGAACUGCUGGUGGGGUCCCUUGGGAACUCCCCUCCAGAGUGGGGCUCAGCGGAGGGCAGCUCGGCUCAUGGCACCCCAUCCCUGCCUCGAGAGUCCACAACCCCCCUUUCUGGUCCCACCAACUGGCCAGCUGCUACCUCCCAGCCCAGGAGGAUCAUGGGAACCUGGGACACUGCCCUGACUGCAGCCACAGCCCCUCCCUCCAGUGCACCCAGGCCUCCCCAGAGCGAGCUGGAACUGAAGUUCGACAUGGCGUUGAGAGCAGGUGCGGCCCCCACACUAGGGCACCGGACGCUGCCCCUGCUGCCCAGCCUGCGGGCAAGCCUGGCCGAGAUCGCUGGGCGCCUGGGACCCUUCGGGUUCUUUGGCACCACGUUGGCGCCACUCCGGAACUUCUCAAGCCCCAGCCCCCAGGGACCAGCCACAGGUGCAGGCUCUACCUCUGCAGUUUCAGAAACUCCAGGAUUCUUCGACACAUCUCCAUCCCCACCCCCAUCCUCCCUGGAAAAAAGGGCCCCAAGUGGACACCCCCUGGACUCAACUGCUUCCUUCCGCCCGGUCUGGGGUCUUGCUCAACUCCUAGAUGAUGCCACACUCCCCACCAUUGGCCCAGAGGACCCCACCUCUGCCAGUCUCGGGACCCCAUCGGAGCCCGAGUGUGGGCUGGCAUCCUGCAACAGCGAGGACCUGCCGGGAGUGGAUGCGCCGCCGGUGGGCCCGCUGCCUCUCUUCUUCCUGAGCCUGGAGGCCGACUGGGCCGAGGCCCGGGCUCGCUGGGGCCUGGCCUGGGAGGCGCAUGUCUACGGGGUGGGCGCGCUUUUCGGCCUGGUGGCACUGCUGGCUCUGCUGGCGCUGGCCCUCCUGCCCUGGCGCUGCCCGCCUGGUGCCCCGUGCCUGGCGCUGCUGGACCUGCUCCUGCUGUCGGCCGGCACCACGCGGGCCUUCCCGCUCUUCUACGACGCUUACGGGCACCGCGAGCGGCUGCCGGCGCUCGCCUGGCUGCUGCUGCAGGACCUGCCCCUGCCCUGCCUGGCUGCGGGGCUGGGCCUGGCCUGCCUGCUGCUGUCCCGCCCGCGUCCCCCGCGCUGUCCCGCCGGCCUGGCCGCGCUGCUGCUGCUGCUGGGCCUGGGGUUGGCAGCCGCGGCCGCUCUGGGCAGCGCCGCCCACCACCCGCUGCGGCCCCUGCGGCUGGCCUCCCGGGGACUGCACGCCUUCCUGGCCGCCCUCCUGUCCGGGCUCCUGCUGGCCCUCUCCUGCGUGGGGGGCCGGCGGCGGCGAGCCAGGGUCCCCCUGGGGGGCUCGGGCUUCAAGCGCACCACCCCUCUCCCGCAGGCGCGCAGUCCGUUCGCGCCGCGGGACUCGUGGCGGCGCGCGGCGCGCACGGCCCCGGUGGCCGGGACCUUCGGGCUGCUGAGCGGAGCCCUGCAAGGCUACGAGGUGCUGCACGCGCUGGGCUACGGCGGCCAGCCGGGCCUGGAGGGGCCCUGGCCCUGGUGGGCCUUCCAGCUGGGCCUGCGCCUAGGCGAAGUGGGCGUCGCGCUCCCCCUGGCGCUGCUGGGCCUCUACCCUGCCCUCUGCAGCCCCCGCGUGCCGCCUCGCUGCUGGGCCAAGCUCUUCCGGUGGUCCCCGGGCCACGCGGCCCCCCUGCUGCCGGGAGGGUGGGUGCCUGGGCCCCCCGAUAAGGAGCCGUUAGGAGGUGCCAUCGCGCGCGGCGAGGCGGAGCUGCUGCAGCUGUGCGCCCUGGCGGGCCCGGGGCCCGAUCUCCUGCUCCAGGGCGUGGCCGGCCGGGGCUUCGAAGGCUCCGCGGUCCACCCCGGCCUUUCCUCGGCCUCGUCCCCUUGUAGCGACUACACCGUGGACUUCCGCCCGCCCUCGCCCAUCAACCUGCGGCGCAGCAUAGAGGAGGCUUUGUGCAGCGAGGCUCUGCUGGCGCCCGGCUUCUUCCAGGGUCCUGCGUUCGGGGAAGGCCUCCCCGGGCUCGAUCUCUACCGCACCGCCUCGCUGGGGGCAAACACGGGGGGGAUCGGGCCUCGCGGGGCAUCUCAGGAGGUCCCAGGGUCCCCAGCGCCCCCCGAGCUGCCCUCUCCCGGGGCCUGGCCCGCAGGCAGCAGCGCCUCCUCGGGCUCGCUGUGCGGACUGUCCCGGGACAGCUCUUCCAUGCUUUUGUGCUCCAGCCCCGACCGGCCCCCGCGCUGCCCUCUGGUCUGCGUGCUCAGCCCUCCACGGCCCUCCGCUGGCAGUCCCAGCCUGCCCGCCUCCUCCGGCACCUACCGGGCCCUGUCCCCACCCUCCCGCGACUCCCUGGAGCCUGGACUCCAGCUGCCAGCCGAAGAGGCCUUGCUGCAUGAGCAAUUUUUGGACGCCUGCCGCCAGAUCGACGAGUUGAGCAUGGGCAGCGACACCAUAGACCUGUGAAGAGGCGCCCCCCACCCCUCACUGCGGCGGCCAGACGAUGCCCCCUUCCUGGAGACCUGACCACUGUAAUCCUCUCCACCCCACCCCCAGUCCUCUCCAGGCUCCCCUUCCCUGUCCAGGAGCACUCUGGAUACAUCUAGGUCAGUCUCCCCGGCUCUGUGGAUUGGGAAUUUGUGCCACUGUACCCGUGGCCCUGGGCAUUAGUGCCUCUAGCUGCAGUUCUCAGCUGGCAGGAGUGAGGGGAACCCAUGGUCCUUGGCAUUCACCAGCAAUAAAGCUCCAAGGUGCUGCUCUCCAGACCGCUCACUCCCCCACUCUUCUCUGAGUGAGAGGGUCUGUCUUCCCCAGCCUUGGUCCGUAACACCGACCCGACCUCUGCAAUGCCCAGGAAUUCCAGCCUGCCCCCAGCCCUUCUCUCAGAAGAGUCUGUGUCCCCCACAGGAGACUUCCCCGUAGUUGGGUGGGAGGUGAGCACUUUCAGAGUUAAUUUAUCAAUAAAAUAUUUUCAGAGACAAA